AUGUGUUACCUCAACCGGUUGGGAGCCUGGCCGCCUUUAGACCUCCUUCAAGGAAACAUUUCCUUGCUAAAUGAUCUAAAGGGGGCCCUAAAGUCGAUCUUCAAGCAUUACACUGAGUCUGCAAAAGCCAGUAGGGAGCUUCGGGCUGUUGGAGAACUGUUGGGUGUCCAGGUAGUCAAGCCGGGCAACAUCAAUGGCUGCAGGUGGCUGCCUCAUAUGUCAAGGGCACUGGAAGCACUGGUGCGAAACUACAAGGCCAUCAUGGUACACUUUGAAAAUCAUGCCAAUGAUCACAACAACACAGAAGCUAGUGCGACUAUGCGUGGAAGAGCAAAAGUAAUCUACCGAUCGCUGUCACGCUUCAAGAUGGUCAAGUUCAUCCACCUUAUGGUGGAUGUCCUGAAUGAGCUCAGGGAAGCAAGUCUACUGUUCCAGAAGGACGGACUUACCUUACAGGAUGUGAGUGACGGGCUAUCGCAGGUGACACUCGCCAUGAUGGAAAUGCAGACAACUCCAGGAACUUCGCUGCAGCAGUUCCUGAAUGAUGUUGGGCCACCUGAGGACAGCAUCUACCUUGACGUUAAGCUGCAAGGUCCCAGGGAUGAGCAGGAAGACAUCAGAUUCAGGGCUAUGACUAACCGCCUCAUAGAUGAUUUCUGUGACUUUGUGACCACUAGAUUUGGCAAUCUUGAGGAAGGUGUGCUGAAAGCUGCUUCAACUCUCUUUAACCAUUCGACCUGGCCUAAUGAAGUCGCUGAAGUACAAACCUAUGGUAAUGAUGCCUUAGAAGUAUUCAUGGCACACUUUCAGCCCAUUCUUGACUCAUGUGAGGAUUUUGAGUCAACAGAUAUGGCUAGGAGGGAAUGGCGGGAGUUGAAGCUCGUAGUCACCAGGCAUUAUAUGCAUCUACCAUCAUGCACCUUGUGGCAGAGAUUUCUGCAGGGCACGAUUGGGAGACCCGAUCAGUUUGAUCACAUGAAGGUACUGGUAGAGAUUUACCUGGUUAUCCCUAUGAAUUCAUCUUGUUGUGAGAGAGGAUUCUCCAGUAUGAAACGCAUCAAGUCAGACUGGAGAUCCUCUCUCAGCAACGAGAUGUUGAACAACUUGCUUCAAAUCUCAAUCCAUGGCCCUACAGUAGCUGACUAUGAUCCUGAAGCUGCUAUUUUGAAAUGGUACCAUGGGGGGAGGCGAAUGAGGAGGCCAGAGUUGCUAGACUAGAUAGUAGUGUAUGUUAUUAUAUUGUUGUUUGUUUACAACCACUGUCAAGAAUGAAAAUAUGCUUCAAAUGAAAAUAUGCUUCAAAUUGUCUCUGGCUUUGGUACACAGUCUGUGUACCAAAGAUAGAGACAAUUUGAAGCAUAAUUUCAUUCUUUUCUUCCCAUCUGGCACUAAGUAUUGUUUCAUGAUAAAGUACAAGUGGUCCUAACGACUAGUGUUGUUAACGUUACACUGUGUACCAAAGUUGUUGUUGUUGUCUAAUAAAAAAGACAAGACAAGUUUGAA